UCAUCAUUUCCCAUUUUAUGGCUGUCUCUAUCACCUGGCAUGCUUAUAUAUAGCCCGUUCUCCCCCACCAAAACCCUCAACUAGCAAGUGAAGAUUCAACAGAUAUCAAAUUAUAUAUAUAACACGAGCAAGAGAGUUUUAGUGGUAGUGUUUGUUUGAGCAAUGGGCUCGACUGUUAUAGAUAUUCCAGAUGGAGAAGGGGUUGUCCCUUGCUCUAAAGAAAAGAAGAAGGAAGUCGGUGACAUUUGUUGUCAAUUCCCCAUUGAUUUGUUUUUUAAAGAAAUGAAAAGUAAUAAGCAUAUGACGAGAAAAGCGAUUCAUAGUAUCAAGGUUGGUGUUGCUUUAGUUUUCGUUUCACUGCUCUAUCUACUUGAUCCUUUGUACAAGCAAGUUGGAGAAAAUGCCAUGUGGGCCAUUAUGACUGUCGUGGUUGUCUUCGAGUUCUUUGCAGGCGCUACACUAAGCAAGGGCAUAAAUCGAGGAAUUGGGACAGUACUAGGAGGUGGACUGGGGUGUUUAGCGGCAAUUUUCGCCCAAGCAGUGGGUGGGGUUGGCAAAGCUAUAAUUGUCGCCAUUACUGUCUUCAUAUUUGGUAUGGCUGCAGCGCUUGCAAUAAAUUCUCUUCUACUCAAGAUUCAAGUUUUCCCUAUAAGAGUCCAUGGAUGGACAUAACUAAAGAAACUUUUUAUAUUCAAGUUUUCCCUGUAUGAGUCCAUGGAUGGAUAAACCAUUGUUGUGUAAUCAAGGGUUGUUUUCCGACUUGUUUGAAGUCAUUGCGAUGAUUUUUGAACUUUUGACUGGAAUCUUGUUCUCAGGUGCGGCCGCAACAUACACUCGACAGGUUCCAAACGUUAAAAAGAAAUUCGAUUACGGAACAAUGAUAUUCAUUCUCACGUUUAGCCUGGUUGUAGUGUCGGGUUUACGUGCUGAACAAGUGUUGGAAAUAGCCCGUGACCGUCUUUCCACCAUUGCCAUGGGCUUCGCCAUCUGUCUCUUUAUAAGUUUGCUCGUCUUCCCCAUUUGGGCUAGUGAUGAACUCCAUGACUCUUUAAUCGCCCGCUUCGAAGACCUUGCUGUCUCUCUCGAAGGGUUCUCAAAGGAGUACUUUGGAAAUGUCAAUGAGAAGGAGAAGUCUAGUUUUAAUUUCAGUAGUAAAUGCAAAUCAGUCCUGCAUUCCAAGACAAAGGAUGAAUCAUUGGUAAAUUUUGCAAGCUGGGAACCCUGGCAUGCAAAAUUUGGGUUUUGCUACCCUUGGGGAAUAUACCUAAAAUUAGGGGAAGAUUUAAGAGAUUUGGCUACAACCAUCCUUUCACUCAAAGGCUGCCUUAAAUCACCGACACAGCCAUCAGAAAGUAAUACCUUUCGUCAGCCGGUGAAGGAACCAUGUGAAGCAAUUGUAGCAUCACUAGCAUGGACACUAAGAGAACUGGGAGAAAGCAUAAAAAAGAUGAAAAAAUGUGGAUCCGAGGAUAGCAUACUACCCAAAUUGAAGACAGUGAGACAAGAACUAAGCCAAAUUCCGGGUCCUUCCACAUUUGGAACUAAUGAUUUGGAGAGAACUGAUGGGUUAGGAUUGGCUACCUUCGUGUAUUCGAUGGUGGAGAUGGUUGAAAAGAUGGAAGAAAUGGCAAUACACGUGGAACAACUUGGACAACUUGGAGGUUUCAGUUAGAAUAUUAAACUAUUUCAAGCUAUGUGCAUAUGCAUGUAUUGAUUGUACUGUACAUAUAAAUAGGUAUAUUACUCAUUGGCCGGCUAUAAACAUGAAUUUUGAAAUCAUAAUUUGAGGCUAAUUAAUCGAGUGGAAGUGAGUUGGGUUCCAAAA